AUGGACGCCGACGAGUCUCUGGACACGUUUGCAGGGAAGAUCAGCGGGAUGGCGGCGCGCUACGCGGGGCUCGGAUCGACCCUGGACGACGCCGCGAUGGUCAAGAAGUUGCUCGAUGUCGUGCCGGACCGCCUGUACGCGGCGGUGGCGGGGAUCGAGCAAUUCUGUGACGUGUUGACGAUGCUCUUCGAGGAUGCAUUGGGGCGGCUUAAGGCGUUCGACGAGAGGCUGCGGCGGCGUGGACAGGACGGCGGCGAUCGUGGCGGCAACCAGUUGAUGCUGACCAUGGCACAGUGGCGUGCACGGGAGCGCCGGCGAGGUGGUGCGCGGGACGACGACGACGGCGGCAGGAGCGAGGCGUCGGGUGCUCGAGGGAAUCGACGCGGGCGUUGCUACCACUGCAACGAACGCGGCCAUUUCAAGAGGGAGUGUCUGAGGCGGGAGAAAGCGGCGACGCCGGAGCAAGCUCUGGUGGGGGAGAUCGGCGAUGACGAACCCAGGCUCCUCUGA